AUGGCUCCACUCAUCGAGGCCGCACUCGCGGUCCAGGGUGUCAAAGUGAAUGCCAUAGAGAGCACCAUUGAGUAUUCUUUCACCAAUUCCAAUCUCUGCCUCGAAGCUCUCUGGAUCGCAAGUCCAAUCACAGGAGAGGGAAAUACAAAGCUCGCCCAGGCUGGAGAUGAUGCUGUAAAGCUGGCUCUAGCUGUGUCUGGAUUUGAGAAUGGACAAAUCAGCGAGAUAACAAGUGCGAGAGCAUUAAACUGCCACCUGGGGAACAAGGGGUUCGAAAUUGAGCUACAGGAACAUAUGAUUCGGGAAAUAUCCAGUGGCGACAUCUCAACGGAAACUAUGGCUACCACAGUCGCAGCCCUCUCGGGUGCCGUGUUUCUAGACAGCGAUAAAAAUUUAUCCAUUUUAUUGCGCGUGACGGAUAUUCUGGGAUUGUCGCCUGAGACAUGA